UGGCGUCAGUCGCUCCAGAACAACACGAGGGACGGAGCUGCUCUCCACUAAUGGCGUCGCUGCAGCGGAGCAGCUGAUCGCGACAGGACCGAGAGACGCCCAGAGGUAAACACGCCGCCCACCGGCUCUUCCCCUGCAACAUGAUCGCGUUUGGCGUCACGCUGUGUCCGUGCAGCAGGCGGACGGCUGGACGUCGUGCGCCCUGCGAGAACCGAGCCUGACAAGGGCUCUUUGUACACAGCUCUCCUGUCAGGUCGACCCACACAGACAUCAGCGGCGGAUGUUCUCCUCAGUUUCUUCUUCGGUGCAACCUGCCUGCUGCUGAUCGCGUAACAGCUGUUGGUCGGAACACGACUGAAGCGUCCACAGUCGGGCUGCAGCGGGUCUCCUGGUGGCGCUUCGACGACGUCUGGGGACUUGUGCUAAACAUGAGGCAUGAAGCGGUCUGAGGAGGUGUUGUGCUUCUCUGACUAGUGGACCAGCUCUUCGGUAAUCCGGUCCAGGAGAUCGCCCCGGCCUGGGCGGAGGUCGCGGUCCUUCUCUCCGGUGGUCGCGGUUCGGCUCCCCGGAGGUUCAUCUCCCCGGAGGUUUAUCUCCCUGGUGGGCGCAGUUAAUCUCCCCGGAGGUUCAUCUCCCUGUUCGUCUCCCUGGAGGUCGCGGUUCAUCUCCCGGAGGUCUCCCCCCUGAGGACAUAGUUGUCUCCGAGCAGCGGUGCUAAGAUGACGACAGCCCGGUACAGGCCCAGCUGGGAGCUGGCGCUGGACCCCCUGGUCUCCUGUAAGCUGUGCCUGGGAGAGUUCCCCCUAGAGUCCAUGACCACCAUCACCCAGUGCCAAUGUGUCUUCUGCACUCUGUGCCUGAAGCAGUACGUUGAACUUCUCAUUAAAGAGGGCCUUGAAACCGCCAUUAGCUGCCCUGACUCUGCCUGUCCCAAAAGAGGCCAAUUACAGGAAACAGAGAUUGAGUGCAUGGUGGCCACAGAGAUGAUGCAGAGGUACAAGAAGCUGCAGUUUGAACGAGAGGUGCUGCUUGACCCAUGCCGGACGUGGUGCCCCUCCUCCACCUGCCAGGCGGUGUGCCAGCUGACAGAGGCGGCCACGCCCCCCCUGCCCCAGCUGGUGCAGUGUGCCGUGUGCGCCCUGGAGUUCUGCUCUGCCUGCAAGGCGCCCUGGCACCCGGGCGUGGCCUGCCCGGAGAGCAGCCUGCCCACCGCCGCCUUCCUGCCCGGGGAGAACAGCUCCUUCUAUAAGAACGAGGAGGACGACGCCCCAAUCAAGCGCUGUCCCAAGUGCAAGGUGUACAUCGAGAGGGACGAGGGCUGCGCGCAGAUGAUGUGCAAGAACUGCAAGCACGCCUUCUGCUGGUACUGCCUGGAGUCCCUGGACGACGACUUCCUCCUUAUCCACUACGACAAAGGGCCGUGUCGAAACAAACUGGGACACUCCAGGGCCUCGGUUAUCUGGCACAGAACUCAGGUGGUCGGGAUCUUUGCGGGGUUCGGCCUGCUCCUGCUGGUCGCCUCCCCCUUCCUGCUCCUGGCCACGCCCAUCAUCCUCUGCUGCAAGUGCAAGUGCAGCAAAGGUGACGACGACCCCCUCCCCACCUAGGGAACACGCUGCGCCGUGCCACUGCAAAACCCCCACCCUCCUCCACCGCCAGAGGGGCCGCUCUUUAGUUUGUGAUUCACACCGCCUUUACGUUCCCUCCCUCCAGCUUUCAAGCGCUUCGUUUUUUAAAGGCGUGGCCUGACACGGCCAACGGCGCCGCCCCAUUGGCUGUUUUGGAAGUCCAUCGCUCUGCAUGGGAGGAGCCUGAUCCCUGCGCACGGCCUAUGAGGACAUCGCCAGGGGUCAGAGGUCAAGCGGGUCCCGCCCUUGUCUGACUUGUUGCUCAAGGGGCAGGGCGGCUGGCCUGGGGGGUGGGCCGGCGUCGGACCGUGGGUGCUCUGAACACUGGAUCCUGCUGGGAGUUGGUGCUGUGUCCGGGCCCAGGGUCGGUCCUGAAGAGCAGCCCGGGGGGGGGGUCACAACUUCAGUCACUUUCUGAAGGAACCUUUGCUUCACUGCUGUUUCUCUCGUUUUGUCGUUUGCAAAGAAAAGACGCAAAAAAAAAGCGGGAUAAAAAAAUGCUUUUUCAUCCUCUUGCCAUAAUUGUUCAUUGUCGCUUGACAUGUUUUUUUGUGGGUAGCAUUGAUUAGAGUGAUGUCACCUUUUUUAUGCUCUGUCUCUCUUUCUCUGUCUGUCUCUCUCUGUCUGUCUCUGUCUCUCUCUCGCGCGCGCGGUCUCUCUGCACAGUGAACAUGUUGUUUCCUCCUCCACUGUGUUGGUGGUGACGGAGGGGUGACGUAGCGGUGACGUAGCGGUGGGGUCGUUGCUGUGCAUCAUGUCUCGUAUUGAUGAUGAUGAUGAUGAUGUCAGUGUUUCCUAACCUACCACAAGGGCUGUGUGUUCAGAGUAGCGUACUAUGCCCUGUAACGUUACGUGUUUUCACAUACCCAUAAUUAUAUAUAUAUUAUUAUAUAUAAAAGAAUAUGUGACAGAAGCGGUUCCCACUCUCACUAUUUCAGCAGAACCAUGACAUCCCCCCCCCACCCUCCUUAAAGGUGACAUAUUAUGCCACCAGGUGUGAGUAUACCACACUUGGUGUUAUAAUAUGUCACCUUUAACAUUCACCCAAUUAGACGUCACACAUCGUCUUUAUAUUAAUGUAUUUAUUUUUAACCCAGUUGGUAGAUGAACCAAAUGGAAAGAAAUGGCCUUAAAUUAAAAAACAAUUCUAUAGAAAGCCAAAAAGGGCAUCAUUUCCUCUGUCCAAGUAGGAAGCAGGCCGAUGGCUUAGCGCCCAGGGAAAAGCACACGGAGGUACCGCAGUCAACAAGCCCUUUAUUUUGUACCAACACGAUUCUAUGAUGUCAGUUGUAUGCCACAUUGUUAAUAGCCAUAGUGUAUAAUCAAAAUCUUUGACGGAAACAAAAAACUUAGAAGCAGGGUCUCCCCACCCCCCCCCACACCCCCCGACACAACAAUCACAAAAACAAGGCGGUCCAACAUUGCAAACUUGCAUAGUUGCGUAAUUGUGUUAGGGUGAGUCUGAGGUCGUCUUCUGAGUGGUUCGGGUCUGGUCAACUCUGAUCCCUUCCUGCAGGGAGCACAGACUGCGUCUCCAGGAUAUUUGUAAAAACCAACCAUUAGAAGAGAAUGUUACAUUUGGGGCACGCUAUGACGGGCUGCCCCACAUCACUUUAUCUAUGCAAGUUUGUACAAGACCAUUUGUAAAAGCCCAUUUGUGGUGUUGUAUCAAACGUUGCUAUUGGAAUUGAACGUUGUGUUGUGAACGAUUUCACGCACCUCUUUGGCAGUACCAUUUAUUUAUUUGUUUCAGGGAUCAUUUAUGAACCAUCCAUAUAUCUGUUGCCAUUACAUUUUAAUGUUCCUUGAACUGUUGCUGUGAUUCAACAUUGUUACGGUAAUAUUAUAGUUAAAAUCAUUGUUUUCAUUUGUUCUUGGGAUAAGUGUUCAGAGUUUGAGAAUCAAGAAUGUUUCAUUUUCCCUUGUUGUAAACUUUUGUCUAACAGUUCCAGUAAAUCUUUUGAGUAAAGGUGUUUCAUGCUCCACUAUAUGCUGUACUAUACGUCACAGAGCCCAUCUGAGCUUUCCUGACCUUAUCGCUACAGCUACCACACAUCACACACAGGCUCCGUUGGUUUCCUUUGGGUUGGGAGUUCUGGGGAAACCUCCAUGCAUGUUUUCCUUCCGAUCCAUUUCUACGUCCAUCGCCGUGAGGGGAUGUGGCCUGGUGUCAACCAAUAGGAGCAUGCGAUUGAUCAACAUCAUCAACCCUUAAGUCUAUUGGGUUAGCAUUAAAUGUGUCAGAUUCAUGCAAUGAUCAGCCUUACACUUUCCCAGCAGUAGCCAUUUAUACUCUUAGAGGUGGUUCGAAUUAAGUUAAAUCUGGUCUCAAUAAAUAUAUAUUUUUCCUACAUUUAGUUCCAUCCCUUACCUUUUAGACUCUCAUUCCAGAAGUUGAUGUCCGGUUGGCAGUCGGGCUGAGUGUUUAUCUGGGAGGGAGGGGGUUGCUUUCUGCCUAUUUAAACCAGCAUCAGGGGCUUGGGAACAGAUGUAAUACUAAAUGUAACACGUGUGACCUGUAUGGUAUGGCGCCUGCUUUAUUCUGUUUAUAGAGAGGGAGGGCUCCUGGUGGUGACAUGUAAAUGUGGACAUGCUCAAUAAGCAUGGGAUGGCUUGAGUCUACUGUAACCUUGAGUCUGCUCUAACCUUGAGUCUACUUUAACAACAGCAGGGGACCAGGAAAUACACUUCAUUAGACUAGUUGUGUUUCUGACUGCUUGAAAUGGUGAUACAAAAUCGAAUAUUUGAUCUGGGUAAGGAAAAAGGCACAAGAUGCUAUCACUUAUCACUCAUGCUUUUUGGCUGGUGGGGUGUAUGUUUUAAUGACGAGGUGAGUAUGCAGGACAAUAUUAUGGGCCGGUCAUCAAUCAAUAUCAGGUCAUGUCGUUUACAUCACACCCAAGGGCUACUGUGGGUUCAUCCGGUCUGGGAUUAGUAUCAAGACGUUGAUAGUUCUACAUCAUAAUGUAGAGCGCAGUCAUCUCUAGUUCCUGGUGAAUUUCUCACCGUUGGUAGCAGAAAAUAUAAAGGAGUUCUGUAUUUGACAUUUGUGUUAAUAUCAAUUGAUUCUUGGUCUGUCUAUGCCUGGCUGAAAAAUGCACUGGAAUUACAGUGACAUGAACUUUGACCUGUGCUUACCUAUGUUUAGAUUUUAUUUAGAACCCGCAUGCUUUUUUGUCCCUAACAAAGCUGUGGAUACGUCAUCGAUAUUGUAGCUUAAAACAUCUUUGGAAUUGUUGCACCUUCUUAAGAAUUUAAGUUAAGUUCUGUACAUGGUCAUCAAUUGUACACAAUUAAAACAAAUAGUUGAAUAGUUUAAUGAAAAUGGUUUAAGUCAUUCUCAGUCAUUCUAUCAAAAAUAAAAAUAAACUGAUGGUGUAAAAUAAGUUGUAGGCUAUUGUGCCUCCCCUUAAUGCUCAACAAAGAGAUUCCUGCUCAACCCAAAAUAGCUGUUGAACAAAACCAACCACAACCAAAAUAAAGAAUUAAAUCCAUUUUGUUUUUUAUUUGAUGACAGUCUGAGAAAUGCACAGGACUUUUAUUUUGCCUUUGGCUGUAUUGCCCUUGAGCAAGGUGCCUUCAUCGCUGCGUGUCGCUGUUUUUGUACCUGCUUGUUUUCUAUGUACUUUAGGGUGAAGAAUUAAAGUCUCUGCUUGGUGAAAGGAA